AUGACAACUAACAAUUCUACCAUGAAGAAAAUGUCUCUCGAGGAAUUCCUGGGUAACGAUACCCUUAGCGACACUCUAUGGGACGAAGACGACAUCAACCUGGAUGCCAUUAGUAGCACAACCAACAUCGAUCUAUUGAAAAAAUCAAGCGGCAAUAGCCACCAUGUGAACAAGAGUGCUUCAGGGCCUCCCUAUAUUGUCAAAUUCUCGAACUUAUCUUCAGAUUUCUCUGAUUUUGAAAUGAAAGAUUUGUUCAAUUCUAAAUUCACAAAUUUUAUUAAAUUUAAAAUGUUUUGGGUUUUAAAUCCAAACCCAACAAUGGCAGAUAUUCAAAAUCCAAACAAAUUCUAUGAAUACUUCAAAUUAUCUUCUAAGGUAUGCUUCGUAGAGUUAUAUUCCGUUAGAGAUAUGGAUAAAAUAUUGAAAGGUUGGUAUGAUCCUUUGAAAGAAAUUUAUAACAUCAUCGUGUCUCCAGCCGAUUUCGUUGAUUUCAAGAACUAUAUGGACCGAACUGAAUCUGUCAAAUCCUUCAAAAUACCCUCCCCUGAAGCACCAUUGCCUAAAAAUAUGAUUCAGAAUUCUCACGAUAAUCAACCAAAAGAGAGGAGAAAAAGCAACCCAUUUGGAGCUGCAAAACCAGUAGAUACACAAUCAAAAAUUUUGAAAUUAGAAGAACAAAUCGCAACGUUGCACGUAGAAGACACAACUACUUUAAGAAGAUUCUCUAAUACCAUGAACAAUUUAAACUCAAAACAUGCAACUAAAGUAAAAAUUUUGAAGAAUGAAAAUAACGAUAUUACUACUUCAGACAAUAUUCGUUCUUUGGCGACUGCUACGAUAACUACAAAGGAAUCCUUAUUACCAACAAAUACACACGUAAAUACCACUAUUCCAGUUACAAAAACUUUAAAUUAUUCGCACAUUGUUAAAAAAGAAACUCAACAAGCAGAAAAGGCUAAAGUAAAUGCUAACGAUAACACUAAAUUUAACGAAUCUGAAAGUGCUCUGGAAGAUGAGGAAGAUAAUGGAGAAGGUAUGCAUGGAUCUGAUGAAGUCAAGGCUAAUGACCGUGAUAACAAGAACACCAAUAAAAAUAAGGACAGAUUGGUUACUGAAAAUGUUGAAGAAUUGAAGGAUUUAUCAAAGGAAGAAAAUGAUGUCGAAGAACAUAAAAGUGACGUGAAAGAUCAAUCAGAAAAUUACAACUAUAAGAGAGAAGGUAAUUACAAGAGUAAUAGAGGAAACUACACUGGUAGAGGAGGCAAUAGAGGCAAUAUUAGAGGCGGAUCUAGAGGCAGAGGUAAUAAUAACUAUGGAAACAGAUCAAAUAACAGCAAUGGUAAUUAUACUGGGAAACCAAAUAAUUCACAACCAGAAGAACGCUAUUCUUUAUUCAGGCCAGCUGCAGGUUUUCUGCAUUCGAGCAAUUCUGGUAAUGAUGAAGAGUCAUUCAAUCGUACUUCAAAAUACAACAACAAUAAUACUAAUUCCACUAGUUCCAAUAGUUCCAAUAGGAAUGGCUCCUAUGGCUACUCAAAUACAAGCAGAGGUAGAGGUAACUAUACAAACAAUAGGAGAUUUACUAAUCAAAGAGGCUCUUCUCGUGGUAACGGACACAGAGGCGGAAGUGGUUCCUGUCGUGGUGGUAACGGCCCUCAUCGUGGUAGAUUUCAUGAUACAGGUCGUAACCACGAAGGAAACGAAAAUUCAGAAUCUACUGAAUCACACACCAAUGUAGCUGAAUAA